AUGAAGUUGCUUUUAGCAGUCACUAUCAUUGCUUGUGCUUCUGCCACUCAGUGGGUUCCAAUUGCUACACCUUCAGACGGCUUUGCUAUGGGUCCAGUUACCACCAACUAUACUCUUGAAGUGUUCUACGAUCAUCUUUGCUCAGAUUCAGCUGCUGCAUGGCCAGGACUCUUCCAGUAUUGGCAGCAAAAUAAAGAUUGGCUCCAACUAGUCAUCCACAUUCACCCUCUGCCUUAUCACUACUAUGCCUUCAUUGUUGGCGUAGCUGGAAGAUUCAUCCAAUUAAACUACCCACAAAACUUUACCGAUUUCGUAACUUGGAUGUUUGUUCAUCAAGAUAAGUAUCUUGAUACCGCUCUAUAUUGGAAUCUUGCUACAAUUAAAAGCAACUUAGCAACUGAUACUCAAACUGCAACUGGUGCUCCAUUUGGACAAGUCUCAAAUGCUUUAAAUAAUAAUGCCUAUUAUUAUGAUUUAGGAGUAUCAACCACUUAUGCUUUCACAAGAGGUAUCACUGGAACUCCUCAGUAUUUGAUUAACGGAAUUUGGUCACCAGAUGCAACUAAUUGUGAGACUCCUUCUGAUUGGGUAACACUCUUCCAAGCUAUUAAAAGUUAA